AUGUAUAAAAAAAGAAAAUUUAUAAAGCUCAGAAUCGAAUAGUCACCGUAGAAAGAAAUAUUCAAUACAUUCUACAAGCGAUCCUCUUCCCCAAAUAAAAGUCUGUUGCUAGUUUAACAUCAUGAAAGAGAGAGUUAAAAGCUCAUUGAACCUGAGAAAGUCAUCAAUCGGAACAGUUCACUUUAAGUGAUGGAGAGCCAAAAACUAUUGAUAUCAAACUCCGAACUUAAGACAAGUAAAUAAGAAAUAAAAAAGGAAAAUAGAAAAAACUUCAUAAUAAGAAACACAAUCAGUGAAAUUCCUAAAGAUCAAUCCGGAUUGACAAAGACAGAUUCUAAAGUUAAGAACUCAAAUUAAAAUUAAAAAUUAGAAAGCCCCUCAAGUAUGUAUGGAUACCAAAAUGUCCAAAGCACGAAUGAUGAGGAGAGCAAAGCGGUCAUUAAAUUAAAAAAUGACUCAGUCCCAAAUCGAGAUUCAAUUAACAAAUAUUUGAUGUCAAGCAAAGAUUAGACAACUAUGAAAAACCUAUCGAAAGAUAGUCGUCUAGAUUUGAACAAUGAGAAUAUCGAACUUCGUGUUUAGGUAGUAGAAUCAAAUAAGGCGAAGUCGAGUAUAAAAUCAGAUUCCUACAGAGAGCCUCCUCCUAAAAAAUCUAAUAAUAGUUCUCAUCAUAGCUCAAUAUUAGGAGGGUUUGAUUUAAGUGUAAUAGGAGGUAAAAUCUCUGAUGCCUUCGGGUUCGGCAAAGAAAAAGUAGUAAAUGUUAUUGGAAAAAAUAGCUAAACUAAAAAGAGAUAGCCAUAUAUCAAACAGCCUUUUCUGGCUCAAUAGCAAUUAAACCAAAUGAUUCUGAACAUGAAGAUGAACGAUUAGAUUAUCAAUUAGGAUUAAUAGCAGAAGGAGAGAUCUUUUAUUUUGCAAUCUAUUAAUAGAUCGAUCCCAUAUAUUAACAAAUCUGAUCACUCUCGAUAAGUUUUGAUGGAAAUGAUAACUUUAAAAAGAUUACUAGAGUAAGCUGAUUCAAGCAAGUUAUACGUAAACUAACUAAACACACUAAUUAACCAUUUCGACCAUACUAAGGGUGAUAUACUCAAUUCAUUUUUCUAAUAGCUCCAAAAGAUAUUUCUAGAGAACUCUAGAGUAACUACUUAAUUGCUUGUAAUUAGAGCUAUCAUGCAAAAAGAUAAUCGAGAUAGCCCAGCAGUUAAGCCAACUUUUAAUAGCUAAACUUCUGAGGAAAAUAGUACAAACAUUCAUUAAAAAAAUUUAGGCCUAAAUCCAAACCUAUUAAGAAAGAAUGAGAGAGAUCAUUUCGACGAGGAUGACUUAUCUGAUUCAUGUAUAUCUAUCAAUAAUAAAUCUGGAUCAACCAAGAAGCAAACGGAAAAAUCAAAUGAGGAGGAUAAUAAAUCAUCAAACUUAAAAGAUAUUAUCUAGAAGUAAAACUAAUUUGCUUACAUCACUUUUUAAGAAAGAAAAUAAGAUAGUCAGCAAAGCAGUUCAUCACAAUAGAAAUCAAAUUCUGAGAUAGUAACUAAGAUUGAUCAGUCUUUAAAUAAAAUAAAGAUCAACAGCUUGAUAGAGAAGCAAGAAGCGGAUAAGCCUUAUGAAGAUAUAAAAUCUGAUUAGCUGGACUAAUCUGAGUAGAUGAAGUCACUGAGAAAUAUAGUUAACAGGAACAAGGAACUUCAACAAAAAGUGAAAAUAGUUUAAAAGCUUCCUAUCCCUUUCAUUAGGGAACAGCAUUCCAAUUCAGUUAUAGAUUUCUCUGUGGAUAUGAGUAAAUUAGUAUCUAGACCAACUUCUAGUCGCAAAAAUUCAGCCUAAAAAGAAUUGAACACUGAGUCCUCAAUAGUAAAAAGACAAAUUUAAUCUAUUUAAAAAAGCCCUGCUGAUUCUUAGCAAGCUACUUAAGCAACAUCUCCUUCAAAGAUAUCUAUCAAUUCUAGCUAAAAGAAAUAAGCUUCAACAAUUUAAAAUCAACAAUUUUCAAUAAAAUAACUAAAUAGUGAAGUCUAGAAAAACGUUGAUCAAUAGAUACUCAGAGCUGAUUAGAAAAUAGAUUAAGAAUUAGAAAAGCGCAAGAAACAAUACGAGCAAAGACAAUAGAUGUACUUUUACGAAUUAUGUGAAUUCAAGAAGAGUAUAGCUUAGUAUCCUUAGACAAGUAAUACCACAGUAUCCACUCUUGACUCAUCAAGAUAAUUAUAAUAGCAAGUAAAGCACUUUGAUAAGAAUAUUUUCACUGCGAAUGGGAGUAAGAAAAAAUUUAAUAUUCAUAUUGCUGGAGGCAAGAAUUUUCCUCUUUCUAAGGCUGAAUUUGAAGUGAUAAAUGAGAGAACCGAAUAGGAAGACAAUUCAGAAGAAGAUAAAGGGUCUAACAGUAGCAACAGAACUGCAAGCAAUAGUAGCAGAAGUGCCGGAGGUGGAGUGACUUUACAUAGUAAUACACCCAAUUUGAGUUAGAAACCUCCAAUCUAGCCUGAGAGACGCUAGAAAAGUAAAUAACAGAGUAUUUCAAGCUUGAAAGACCUUGACACUCCAAAAUUUAAGAAUAAUAGCACCUUAUUAAGCUUAAACCAGAAAAGUGAAAGUAUGGAAUUUAAAGAUGUGUACAAUUGA